AUGCUUCCCAAGUCCAUCAUCAACCUUCUCACCACCCUCGCUGCGGCGCAGGCCUCGCCGCUUGUUAAACGGGCCGUCGUCCCUCACGACAGCAUCACUCCUUUCCCUGAGACGGUCCCCGACGAUGCCGUCGGCAACACCUUCAAGAAAUUUGAGCCCUAUCUUCACAUCGCCCACGGCUGCCAACCCUACCCAGCUGUCGCCGCCAACGGCGAUACCAGCGGAGGCCUCCAAGACACCGGAAGCGCGACCGGCGGCUGCCGCGACCAGUCCCGGGGCCAGACCUACGUGCGUGGGGGCUGGUACAACGGCCGCUACGGGGUCAUGUACGCCUGGUACAUGCCCAAGGACAUGCCGACCAGCGGGGUCUCGACGGGGGCGCACCGCCACGACUGGGAGAACGUGGUCAUCUGGGUGAACAACCCCAGCAACGCCAGCCUGACGCUCCUCGGGGGCGUCGCCUCGGGCCACGGCAAGUAUAAGAAGACGACCAGCCCGCCGCGCCAGGGCGACCGGCCCAAGGUCGAGUACUUCACCAGCUUCCCAACCAACCACGAGCUGCAGUUCACGGAGACGCUGGGCCGGGAUCUGGCGCUCGUCGCGUGGGAUUCGCUGCCGCAGGCCGCCAAAGAUGGGUUGGAAGCCGCGGACUUUGGCAAGGCGACGGUGCCGUUUAAGGAUGCCACGUUCAUGAACAAUCUCGCCAAGGCAGCGCUUUGA